UCACGCUCGCCGAUAGUCGUUGCUGCAACUUUGUCUCGCACACACACGCAAACGCACACCCACCUGAUAAUCUCGAAGAGGUAAGCGAAGUCAGCGAGCGCGAGUCAGCCGCGGGCGGUGCGGAUAGAUAGCUUCAUUCCGAGAAAAUUGACGAGAAGAUAUCUGGAUCAUGCAUAGCUCUGUUUUUCCUGUUCAUAUCCGAGGUCCCACACCCCGAAGGAGGACGCCGACGCGAUGAAGGCCAACACGGCGGCGACCAAGAUCCAGGCCAAUUUCCGCGGGUACCGUGUGCGCAAGCAGCUGAAGGAAUCCACGCAGCGCCGUCGUCAGCAACAGCAGCCGCAGAAUCAGCAGGACCAGCAGCUGGAGCAUACGAAGUCGAAGGAGCAUUUACUCAAGAGACAGAACACUCGGGAGGCGCUCGAGGAGAAGUCGGCGACCAAGAUCCAGGCGGGCAUUCGCGGCUUCCUGGUGCGGAAGAGGCAGCAGGCCGUUCAGGCCGCGGCGACGAGGAUCCAGGCCGGCUUCCGUGGCUUCAGGACGCGGAAAUUGCUCAAGCAGAACGGCCAGUAGGCCGUUCCUACCGGCAGCGUACCCUCCUGGCGUGAGAGGCGACGUGGGACGUUGACGUGCGCAAGAGCAUUUUGCGGAUUCCCUUGUGACUCGGACGGAAACCUGCGGCUAUUGGAUCAGAGGACGAGGAAACGACGAUUACGAUUUUAAGUUAAUUAUAUUGUUUCGCGAUGUUCGACACGUAUACGCUUUUUGGGACACUCCGUGUAACUUUUGACUGUAACUUUGUUAAUUUCGUCGGAAGCCAUCACAGGAAUUAAUCGAUGAUAAUUAGAGGAACGCUGUUAUUUUACGACAAUAUUUGUCAUUGUUUUCACUUUCUUAUUUCGAUUCUUUCCACGAUGGCUUUUGUACGACUACGACGGCAAUAAAUGAUGCCCAAGAAAGAAGCAAUGAGACGCUGUGGCCAAAAGAAAAACGGUUAAUAUAUACAAAAAGUUUAUAGUUAGAUAAUUAUAUAUAUAUAUAUAUCUUGAUAUACUCUCUUGUUAUUUCAUAUCAUUUUUUAUGUAAUUAAUAUACAUAUUAAUUAAUGCGUUGGUUAUAAAUUUGAUUACCACAAAUUAAUGUCAAAGAUACUUCUGUAUCGCAAUUUCACAUCCGUGCAAUUCUGUUGAUAAACGAUACUUGUAUAAUGAUUAGCGUAUAAAAGAUGUACAUAUAAUAUAUACUUUCUGUCGUUUUGUGAAUAAUAAAUUUUUAAUCUUCAUAACAA